CAAUGAGAAUACAUUUUGCUAAAGUUGUUACUGAAAUUGUUUGCAGUGUUCCACUUGAUUUACGAGAAAAUUUGUUACCAAUGGAUUUGCGUCGUUCAUUAUUUUUCCUCUUCUUUUCUUGGUGUAGUCGAAUUUUGGCUAAUUCUAAUGAUAAUAGAAGGUUUUUUUAAUUUUUAAAAUUAAUAUUUAUUGAUUUGUGUGUUAAAUAAAAUGAAGAAAUUUGGGGGUUAAGGUGUUGAAUUUAGUUGAGUUCUUUCUCUAAAGUAUGGAGAAAUGAUUGAUUUUUGAUUUAAACAUUAAUGGGUCCAUGUCAAUUCUGAAGUGUUUUCUGACUUUUUUGAGGGUUUUUUUUCUUAUUUUCUUUGGCUCAAGUUCAAAAAAUUGAUAAGUAUCAAGUUCAAACUUCUUUUCUUUCUCUCUAUUCCACACUUUUUAUAAAACUUCCAUUGGUAAAGCACUAUUUGCGGAUAUCUUCUGAGUUUUUGUGUUAUGCCUUUUUAUCCCCAAUUUAUUCCACGCCUUUCAAUUUCCCUUCA